UGCCAAACUUUUAACUAAUUCAAAUUACUUGCUAACUUGUUGUUCGUGGUUUAUGUCAUUUGCUGCCGGGACAUUGGUAACUAUUUUCACAUUGAACAAUAUCAAUUUUUGUUGUUGUGAUGUGCAUUUUUGUACCAAUAAUGAUUGAAUGGCAUACUAGAUCAUCGUACAUGUCUGUAGUUGACUGAUUACCUCUCGGGGGCCCCAUUGUACCCAUGUCACAUGAGCGUACAGCAAACAAACACAGACUGAGGUCAUGCCCUCGGCUCAGUUACACUGAUGAUGAUACUGAAAAGAAGGAGACUGCAAUCGUCGUAACAUGUUGCGACUUCAACGAUCACAUGGAUCACAUAAUCGUCCUCAUGAAAGAGGACGGACAGCUCACCCCAAGGCGGAUACGCAAGACCAUUCUAACCCCAGGCGGGGAACGGAUACCUGAAGACCAGCGACAGCCUGUUGGCGAAAUAAUCAACGCAGUCCUGAAGGGAAUACCUGGCAACUAUCUGGAGCCUUUACCCUUGGUUCGUGACACAAUCGACGAACAGCCCACAAAUGGAGAACGUUCAGAUUCUUCAGAGGAUUCUGAGGGCUCAACGUCUGACGAGGAAGCCCUUAGUGGGACGGUUUCAUCAUUAUCAUCGUCGCGUGGGACGUCACAAGAAUCCGAAUCAGUUUCAUCCCUCGAAGCAGUUUGUGCUGAACUGGCUGCUUCACCAGUAGCAGAUGCUGAACAAAUCCCCGUCGCUGGUUCAAAUGAGGUGUCAGUGUGCGCAGCCGUAGUUCCCUUUUUCUCGGCCGAAAUCAUGGGAAUAGCCCUUACCACGAUGUACCGACACAGACACUCAAGAUGUGACGAAAGCAAUGUCCUGUGUUGGAUAUGCCUUAAUGUUCUGGGCAUGCUCAUACAUAUGUUUGGAUGCAUAUGUGAACUUUGCCCCCUGAGACAGCUGAUAAGUCAAGGUUUUGCUCAACACGUCCGUGCCCGCCGCUGUGAGUCCAUCACAUGCUCCAUACCUUGGUGUGAGGGUACGCAGGCUAUUGUUCGGAACGAGGACAGCCUGUAUCCUUCAUCUCACCUGAUCAGAUGCGUCCUACAAAACAUCAGAACAUCAUUUGAGGCGGGGUCCACCAAUGAAGACAGAAAGAAAGCCGGUGUUCCGCCAUCAACAGUAUCUGAUGCUGUUGUAAGGCCAAAACAAAGGUCCCUAACUGGUCAGCCACAGGCAACCCAUUCUGAGGAGGAUUCACUGGAAAAGACUGGGUCAACUGAUGAUGAGACUGCACCAUUGCUUCAGAGAGAUACACGGGGUCCAGAAAUCCGUUCACCGAGGGAUCCUGUAUUCCAGGAUGGACUAGAAGGUCCACCUGAAGACGAUGAACACAUUCCUGAUAUAGAAGAAAUGGCAAGAACAGCAAUGGUGCGUGUGCCUAGUGACGAACUAAGUUUCCUAGUCCAAGCAAGCGCGCAUGACUCGGAUGGGUUAGAAGCCUUGGGUGCUGUUGGUGGGAGAUCAGAGUCCUUCAGCCCACUGCCUACAAGUGAUGUAGAGUCGGACGCAGAAAGCUCAUUGGGGAAUAAGGCAUACGAGAGGAAAGUGCGAGUUGCAAUUAGGGACAGUGUGGCAAAAAGCCUAUUCACAGGACUUGCCCAUCAUCUCAGUAACCCAGCGGGGCCUGGCCCAGACUGGGUACCUCUGGCCCGGGCAGCUGGAAUCACUGGGCCAGAAAUAGAUCACAUCAUUAAUGAGGCAGCCCAGGACCUCGAUAAAGACAUUAGAAAGAUGAUAGAGAGAUAUGCGGAAGGUAGAACGAGUGAUAGACCAAUCAGUGAGCUGUAUAUGGAGUUGAUUACACGAAAGAGACAGGAGUUAUAUCAUAGAUUUAGAAGAGACCCCCAGUCACCUUAGCUAAAACAAACGAAAAUAGAUUAGCCAGCUACUGACUGGCAUAUUGUUUACAUGGUAUUUUGUAUAGGCUAGGUUUAUCACCUUAUUACUUUACUUGAUGUAUGUAAACAUGUAUGACAAGUUAUGUGUAUAUACAAGGACUUUGUAUAGAUUUUCUAUUUAUUCCUUUUUACUAGAUGAAUACGAAGCAUGUAAAACUCUAAAGCAAUUUCACAGUUGAAAUAGCAUGUCAGGAUUGCUUGAUUAUAAUCAGCUAGGUUAUGUCCUCCUAGGUAUAAUGAAUAAGAAGUCCUUAAAUUUUGCAUUUAAAGGAACAUAUUACGUCUUUAAUGAUUCGCAUACAGAAAAGAGCCUUAUUGAAACAAAUGGUAGAUGCCAGUGCCGAUGUACGUGUGACGAAAAGUCAAAGAACUACCACAUAGUUCAGACUAUAAAGCCCGUUGCUUGGCUUGCUAAAGUGACCAAAAUUAUAAAGGUAUUCCUUAACCCUUUCUUUCAUAAUAAAAGCUAAAGCCUUUAAUUCGCAUACAUAGAACAGUCUUAUUAAAGUAAAGGGAGAUACCAGUACCGAUAUAUGUAUGAAACAAAACUCAAAGAACUACUCUACAGUUUAGACUAUAAAGCCUGUUGCUUGGACUCUUCAAUUAAAAUUCCAGUCUUGUUUGCA